AUGACCGUGUGCGCUGUCCCAGAGGGUGGCCUUCCCGACCCCUCCCUCGGUGCCUCGGCCCGGAGCCCCGAGUUUCCGAGCAGCCUCCUGCUCUUCCUGCUCUUCCUGCUUCUCUCACCCCACUCGGCCCUCUCCUCGGUGUUCAAAGUCGGGGUGCUGGGUCCUUGGGCUUGCGACCCCAUCUCUGCCGCCUGCCGGCCGGCCGAGCUACUGGCCCAAGAGGCCGGGGUCGCGCUGGUGCCCUGGGGGUGCCCCGGGACGCGGGCGGUGGGCACCACGGCCCCCGCCGUGACCCCUGCGGCGGAGGCCAUCUAUGUCCUCCUUCGGGCUUUCCGCUGGGCGCGCGUGGCCCUGAUCACCGCGCCCCAGGACCUGUGGGUGGAAGCGGGGCGUGCUCUGUCCGAGGCACUCAGGGCCCGGGGCCUGCCAGUCACCCUGGUGACCACCAUGGAAACCUCGGACCUAUCCGGAGCCCGCGAGGCCCUGAGGAGGGUCCAGGAUGGGCCUCGGGUCAGAGUAGUGAUCAUGGUCAUGCACUCGGUGCUGCUGGGCGGCGAGGAGCAGCGCUACCUACUGGAGGCCGCCGAGGAGCUAGGCCUGGUUGAUGGCUCCUUGGUCUUCCUGCCCUUCGACACACUCCACUAUGCCUUGUCCCCAGGCCGGGAGGCCUUGGCUGCACUGGCCAACAGCUCCCAGCUUCGCCGGGCCCACGAUGCAGUGCUCACCCUCACGCGCCACUGUCCUCCCGGCGGCAGCGUGCGGGACAGCCUGCGCAGAGCGCAGGAGCAUCGGGAACUGCCUUCAGACCUGGAUCUGCAGCAGGUCUCCCCGCUGUUUGGCACCAUCUAUGAUGCUGUCUUUCUAUUGGCCUGGGGCAUGGCAGGAGCACUGGCGGCUGCAGGUGGCGGCUGGGUGUCAGGAGCAGCAGUGGCCCGCCAGAUCAGGGAUGCUCAAGUCCCUGGCUUCUGCGGGACUCUGGGAGGAACCAAGGAACCUUCCUUUGUCCUACUUGACACAGACGCGGCAGGAGACAAGUUGUUUGCCACAUACAUGCUAGACCCCUCACGGGGGUCUCUCCACUCCGCGGGGACCCCAGUGCAUUUCCCUUAUGGUGGUCCAGGGCCUGGGCCGGAUCCCUCCUGCUGGUUCGAUCCGAAUGUCAUCUGCAAUGGAGGGUUGGAGCCAGGUCUAGUCUUCCUUGGUUUCCUCCUGGUCAUAGGGAUGGGGCUGACUGGGGCCUUCCUGGCCCAUUAUAUGAGGCACCGGCUUCUUCAUAUCCAAAUGAUCUCCGGCCCCAACAAGAUCAUCUUGACUCUGGAUGACAUCACCUUCCUCCAACCACUGGGAGGCAGCUCUCGAAAGGUGGCCCAGGGGAGUCGAUCAAGUCUAGCUACUCACAGUGUGUCAGACAUUCGCAGUGUCCCCAGCCAGCCCCCGGACAGUACCAACAUUGGCAUCUAUGAGGGAGAUUGGGUUUGGCUGAAGAAAUUCCCAGGAGAUCAUCACAAAACUAUCCGCCCAGCAACCAAAACAGUUUUUUCCAAGCUCCAAGAGCUCCGGCAUGAGAAUGUGGCCCUCUACCUGGGGCUUUUUCUGGCGGGGACAGCAGAAAGCCCCGCAGCUCCUGGGGAAGGCAUCCUGGCUGUGGUCUCGGAGCACUGUGCGCGUGGCUCCCUGUACGAUCUUCUUGCCCAGAGAGAAAUAAAGCUGGACUGGAUGUUCAAGUCUUCUCUCCUCCUGGACCUCAUCAAGGGAAUGAGGUAUCUGCACCACCGCGGCGUGGCGCACGGACGGCUUAAGUCCCGGAACUGCGUGGUGGACGGGAGGUUUGUGCUCAAGGUCACCGAUCACGGCCACGGGAGACUGCUGGAGGCGCAGAGAGUGCUGCCGGAGCCUCCCAGCGCAGAGGAUCAGCUCUGGACAGCCCCGGAGUUGCUUAGGGACCCAGCCCUGGAGCGCAGGGGCACUCUGGCCGGCGACAUCUUCAGUCUGGGCAUCAUCAUGCAGGAGGUCGUGUGCCGCAGCACCCCUUAUGCCAUGCUGGCGUUGACACCCGAGGAAGUGGUACAAAUGGUUCGGAGCCCUCCUCCAUUGUGCCGGCCCACAGUGUCCAUGGACCAGGCGCCCAUGGAGUGCAUCCAGCUGAUGACACAGUGCUGGGCAGAGCAGCCGGAACUUCGGCCCUCCAUAGACCGCACCUUUGACCUGUUCAAGAGCAUCAACAAGGGCCGGAAGACAAACAUCAUUGACUCAAUGCUGAGGAUGCUGGAGCAAUACUCUAGCAACCUGGAGGAUCUGAUCCAGGAGCGCACAGAGGAGCUAGAGCUGGAAAAGCAGAAGACAGACCGGCUGCUUACACAGAUGCUGCCUCCAUCUGUGGCUGAGGCCCUGAAGACAGGUUCAUCUGUGGAGCCUGAGUAUUUUGAGGAAGUGACACUGUACUUCAGUGACAUCGUGGGCUUCACUACCAUCUCAGCCAUGAGUGAGCCCAUUGAGGUGGUAGACUUGCUCAAUGACCUCUACACACUCUUCGAUGCCAUCAUUGGCUCCCACGAUGUCUACAAGGUGGAGACAAUUGGGGAUGCCUACAUGGUAGCCUCAGGGCUGCCCCAGAGGAACGGGCAGCGGCAUGCUGCAGAGAUUGCCAACAUGUCCCUGGACAUCCUCAGCGCAGUGGGCUCUUUCCGCAUGCGCCAUAUGCCGGAGGUACCUGUGCGCAUCCGCAUUGGCCUGCACUCAGGUCCGUGCGUGGCAGGCGUGGUGGGGCUCACAAUGCCACGCUACUGCCUGUUUGGAGACACUGUCAACACUGCCUCACGCAUGGAGUCCACUGGGUUGCCUUACCGCAUCCACGUGAACUUGAGUACCGUGAAGAUUCUCCGAGCUUUGGAUCAGGGCUUCCGGAUGGAGCUGCGAGGCCGCACGGAAUUGAAGGGCAGGGGCGCUGAGGACACGUACUGGCUGGUGGGCAGGCUAGGAUUCACAAAGCCCAUCCCCAAACCACCCGAUCUGCAACCUGGGGCCAGCAACCACGGCAUCAGCCUGCAAGAGAUUCCCCUGGAGCGGAGACUGAAACUGGAGAAGGCCAGGCCCGGCCAGUUCUCCGCCAAGUGA